AUGCCCACGAAGGUAACUGCGGCGGGGAAGCCCUCCUUGGCGCUAAAGGAGGACAGCGGUUUCCGAGGGUUUUUCAGGAAGCUGUCAUUGAGUAAGAAGGGGUCGAGUACACACGAGGAGCUGGUUGCUCCUCCCCCGCCUUACAAGGCUUCUCUAUCCCCAACUUCGCCAGCCCGCGUCAUUGAUAAUGGUACACACUACCCACUCGCAUCCUCUCGAAAUAUUCCCCUGACAUGCAUUCGCGUCACGCCAGAUUCCGCGACUUCGCCGUCCACGCGACCACCUCGGCCGGACCUGACUCCCGAAGAGAGGGAAAAGCGCCGCGCCCGCCGACUAAGUAAACCUCCACGCCCCGCACCGACGCCCGCUUCCGCUUGCACUCCGAAUGUUGUGACCGGAGUGUACCCAACCGGCGACCCAAAACCACAUGGCUCAUCCCGCACAUCUCUUUCUUCGUUCUUUCUUGCUGCUACUGCCACAACGCGCACAGGCACCCCCAAGAAUAAUGUCGACUCUUCCGGCCGUACACGACCUCCAGUCAGCGGUACGCCUGCUCGAACUCGCCCCGGGGCCUAUCGCCAUCCCAACCCACUGCCAAACACGGCUAAUUCAAAAAACAACAAUAACGCCCCUUCCAUCGGACAUGCGUAUCAUUAUCAACGUACUCGCACAAAUAGCAGCACUGAUCUGUCGCGCCAUCAUGAAGCUAUAUCAUGCCUGGAAGCCGUUCUGAAGGCCUACGAUGCUAAUCUCGUCACAGAUGUACGGCAUGUCAUGGAGCAAGUUGCACUUGCCCGAGAUAUACUAGUUGGAGAGGAUUAUGCUGGGAGUGGAAAUGCUAGCACAGCGUUUUUGAUGAAGAGCGCGAAAACGAGUGAGUUGAGUGUUGAUAGCGUGGAAUUGCCGCCGCCUCCGGCAAGAUCGAAGACGAGGGAACGUAGAAGUGCCUCGCCAAAAGGAAGUAGUUCUUCUUCGGACUCUUCGAUGGGGAGGAAAAGUGGAGAUUCACUUGGAGGUGCGAGUGAGGGAUCGGAAGCAUCGUCCGUGACGUCCGCCGAUUCGAAGCUAGCAGGGGAGGGGAAUAGGAUGACGCUGUUUGCGACCAUUCCAUCGUUCCCGCUUGCCAGCCCACCCCCAAAACCUCUCCGCCAGUAA